UUAAAAUACUUAAUUUACUGGAUUUAUUUAAAGUAAAGUUUUUACAUUGUUUUCCUUUUGUUUCUUGUUUUAUUCUGUUUUCAAUUGCUGUAUAUUUUGGAGGUUUCUGUAAAAACUAUAACUUUUAACUUUUUAAAACAAAAGGAGAGCAGAAUUGAGGAGAGGCGGGGGAGAGAGGGUGGGGGUGCAGAGCAACCUAGGAAGGUAGUGAGACCUGAGCCAAGAGAGAUUAACUCUAUCAAGAUAUUUGAAAGUACAGGCAGCAGCAGCAGCAAAUUUAACAAACUAAGAAAGCAUAUAAAGGACAAAACUUAACCGGUAUAUUGAGCAUUUCUAUGCCCGAUUGACGUAUUGAUGACUUCAUGUCAGCUUUGAACCUCACCCACUCGGACCCGUCAACAUUUAUUCUAAUGGGCAUCCCUGGCAUGGAAGAUGCCCACGUCUGGAUUUCCAUCCCUUUCGCUACCUCCUACAUUAGCAGCCUAUUGGGAAAUUUCAUGGUUCUGUUUGUUGUAGGCAAAGAGGAGACCCUGCACAAGCCAAUGUACCUGCUGAUCUGCAUGCUUGCACUCACAGACAUCACCAAGUCUAGCACAAUCAUGCCAAAGGCACUGUGUAUAUUUUGGUUCAAUUUGAAAGGCAUUACUAUGGUUGGCUGCCUCACCCAGAUUUUCUUCCUUCACACAGUUGGUUUUGUGCAGUCUGCUGUUCUCAUGAUAAUGGCCUUUGAUCGCUACGUUGCCAUAUGUAAUCCUUUGAGAUACGUCACCAUCCUCACCAAUGCACGAAUAGCUAUGCUAGGGCUUGCAGUUUUGGUAAGAGCUUUACUCUUCAUGGUGCCCCUACCCCUGACGCUGAGCAGGCUGCCAUACUGUGACAACCACGUUAUUCCCCAAACACAAUGCGAGCACAUGCUUUUGGCAAUGAUAUCGUGUGGGGAUAUCACAUUCAACAGGACAUACAGCUUUGUGAUGCCAUUUUUACUCAUGGGGUCAGAUCUGAUGCUCAUUGCCCUGUCCUAUGGUCUCAUCAUUAGGGCCGUCCUCAGAAUCUCCUCCAAGAGAGCCCACCAGAAAGCCCUCAACACCUGCACAGCCCACAUCUUUGUGAUGCUGAUGUUUUAUACUCCCGUCCUCUUCAGCAUCCUGACAAUCCGGUUGAAUGGAGACAUCACUCCCCAUGGUCGCAUCAUCUUGUCCGUCCUCUAUCAUCUUGUUCCUCCUGUGCUCAACCCCAUCAUUUAUGGGGUCAAAACCCAAGAGCUUCGUGAUAAAGUCGGCAAAUAUUCUUGCAGAAGGUGAAGGCCGGAGGCCACUGACUUACAAUCUGUGUGACAAGAGGGUGAAAGGAUGCCUCCUCAUUAAUCAAGGGUGCUCUGUCACAGUUUGGCUGAGCUCAGCACUUUGGAAGUUCACAGUCUGAGAAAUUUCUCUUAUCUAAUGUCUUAUCAUGCCAUCACCAAGCACUGCACUCUCUGUUGCUAAGUUCCCUCUCUUUGACCAACACCUAUCCACUUUCAUUGUCACCCAUCAGCCCUCAACCCCACACAGCAUGUCACUCGGCCUUUCUGUAACUCCUAGACUACCAGAAGAUACUGCAGAUUUUUGAUGCAAGGUGACUUUCCCUUAGUCCCUGUCUGAACAGGAUUCCUGAUCAGUUUGAUAACCAGAAGCUAUACUUUCAGAUAGCCAAGCAGAAAAGAAAGAAACUACAAUGCUGAAUUUCUUUAUCAUAUGUACAGUGAGCAAAUUUUUUUUCACGUCCAAUCCUUCAGGAAUCCUGGGAGAUAAACCAUGUAAAUACUAGUAGUAACAAACUAAUUCAACACAAAAUGUGGACAUUGACUACCAUCAUUGAACGCAAUUAAAAAUAAAUACUAUAAUAAUGUUUUUUUGGUUUUAUACUACAUAAGUUUUGGGCUAUUUUGGGGCUAUUUUAACACCGUCAGUUGCCGUAGUUUGUUUGAAAUUCCUGCCAACCCUCAAUUAGGAAACAAGUACCAGUACUGGGGUUCUGAAUUUGAAUUUUCUUAUCCUUUGAUAGCUUUGGCUAGGUCUACACUACCCACCUGAAUCGGCGGGUAGAAAUCGAUCUCUUGGGGAUCAAAUUAUCGCGUCUCGUCAGGACGUGACAAUCGAUCCCCGAAUCGACGCUCUUACUCCACCAGUGGUGGUGGGAGUAAGCGCUGUCGACGGGGAGCCGCAGAGGUCGAUUUUGCCGCCGUCCUCACAGCGGGGUAAGUCGGCUCUGAUACGUCGAAUUCAGCUAUGCUAUUCGCGUAGCUGAAUUUGCGUAUCUUAAAUCGACUCCCCCCCGCCCCCGUAGUGAAGACCUGCCCUUUGUUGCUAAUGUGGACAAAUUUCUGUUGGGGCUUAUUGCUGUUUUUUUUUUAAUCCAAUCUGUACUACAUAUCUAACAAAACCUUCCUUUUGUUAUUUGA